UCAAAACACCAACACUGAUCAGUUAUAAUUUUAAUUUAUUGGCAUUACUAAAAACUAAAACUAUCAGCUGUUGGCCAGAAAUUGAAAAAAGUUGGUCUAAUAAUAAUCAUAAUUUCUUGAGUUAAUAAAAUUUGCUAUUUGAUAAAAAUGAAUAAAAUUUGCUGCAGUUUUAUAUCUGUUCUACGUUAUGCUAGCACCGAAAAAGCUUACACAUCAUCAGUUGUCCUUGGACGUCGACUGUCAUUCAAGAGCGAUUUAUCGCUGGAUAAAAUAUACCCCAAUAGCCGUCUGAAACUUUUUACACCUCCUCCACCCCAAAGUACACCUGAAAAGUUUUCCGGUUACAUACCCAUUAAUCAAUUGGAAAUCACAUAUAGCCGCAGUUCUGGACCAGGGGGACAGCACGUGAAUUGCGUAAACACGAAAGUAGAUCUACGUUUCAAAUUGGCCGGUGCUGACUGGAUCCCGGAAAAGACGAGGCAAAAACUAUUACAAGGUUUGCAGAAUAAACUAACCAAAGAUGGUUACUUUGUCAUUAAAAGCGACAUGACGCGAUCACAACAAUUGAAUUUGGCUGAUGCCUUGGAGAAACUGCGCAAACUAAUACGAGAAUACGAAGUCGAAAAGGCCGCCCCGUCAGAGGAAACACUUGAAAAGUUGCGUCGUCGACAUGAAAGAGCUGCGCGUGAUCGGCUGUUGGUAAAGCGCCAAAGAUCCCUAACUAAAUCCUCGAGGCAAGGUCCAAAUAUUACAGAUUUGUAAAUAAAAAUAAAACUAAAGUGGUUAUUUAAGUAAUUGUAAAUUGUUUUAAAUAUGAAGAAAAACAAUACAAAUAAAAAAUAAUAAUAAAUUAUGU